UUUACGGUUCAGCAUUGUGACUUGACUUGUGGUUUUUGGACUUGUCUGGUUGGAACGCAGGCCUGGAGUUUACCAAACUAGUAAGGAGUAUAAAGACAGUCCUUGGAUUAUUUUAGUGGGUCGUCUUUUCGAGCUUCAAUGUUUAGAUAUUGCAAUUGAAACACCGUGGAUGGCACGUCUGCUAACAGCUAAAAGCAUCCUUUGGACUUGCACUUUCAGUCCACAAUGGGUAGCCACUUCCGAAGCUACAUCUGGGACCCUGUUCUCAUUGUGUUUCAAAUUGUGUUGAUGCAGUGCAUCUACUAUAGCUUUCUCGGCUUGUGGUUGGCAGGAGUGGACAGUCUGGUGCAAACACAUGGUUCACUGGACCAGAUCUUCAGCUAUGAAAUGCUUGGUUUUGCAUCAAUGCAAGGCAGGUUCUCAAUGAUGGCGUUCGUUUUGAACUCUCUUACCUGCGCUCUGGGCUUGUGGUUCUUCAUUCGCCGAGGGAAGCAGUGCCUGGACUUCACCGUCACGGUGCACUUCUUCCAUUUGAUCAGCUGUUGGAUCUAUAAUUCUCACUUUCCCUCCUCGCUGUCCUGGUGGCUCGUCAACUUGGCCUGCAUGGCGUUGAUGGCGGUAAUAGGGGAGUACCUUUGCAUGCGGACUGAGCUCAGGGCCAUCCCAGUCAAUUCUGGACCCAAGUCUAACCUUUGAAUUGUUUGCUUGCCACCCUGCUGAAAAUGGACAGUUUGAGACACCUGAGAAAAACUCUUCUCACAGGAGGAUAAUCUUCCUCUGCUCAGAGAAUGCAAACAUGGCACAUGCAUUGGACUGAUUAUUGUGUAUCUGCUUAACAUCAGAUGCACUGCCAUAUUUAUUAUUGACUCUCCAUUAAACUAUGGACACUUUUAUCUGUGCAGCCAUUAAUACACACGCUAACUGUAAAUGCUUCUCAGAGACAAUUGGCUGCAUCUCAUCUUUGAGCGUCAUGUGAAUGUGAACUGCUUAAUUUCUUGGUUGUUUAUCUUUUUUUAUGUAAAUAUAUUUUAAAUCUUUGCCUACUUUCAGUCAAAUGUCUUUCUGCAAACUGGUUUGAGCUGAAAAGAAACAUUGGAGUAAACGUAUUACUAUUUUAAUUUUUCUCAAAAUAAAAAAACAUGCUAGUUAAGCUAUUACA